AUGAAGAUCUUUUUUUGCUUCAGCGCUGGUCUUGCGCUCGUGACUCUCCAGAAUGCCGCUGCUUCGCCUGAUGUCAAAUAUCCUCCCCGGUGUUACCCUGAUCCAUGCGCCGGAAUUACCUUUCAGGAUGACAAAUACAUCUGCGGGGAUCCGCGUCUAGGACCUAGAUCGCUCCCGUCCUUCUUCCCACUCACCACUGAACUCCGAACAUACUCCCGGUUUGGUGAUCUCUGUCCAUUCGAGUUUCUCCUGAAGUGGACCACUGAUAUCCGCCCCAACGGGACCUACAUCUAUCCGCCAGAGGACGGAUUCCUACUGGACACCCAGGGCUCCAGCAUCCAGGGCAAUGUAACACUGCCGAUCGGACAGAAGAUCGAUCGAUUUGGCUCGGAAUCUGGAACAUUCUUGGCUGUUUUGGGCGCUCCAUAUAUCGAGCGAGCGCUGCCGCCGACAAACUUGGAUACGGAAGAUGGUUUCUUUCCUUACAAUUACCACGUGUAUGAGGUUCUUGAACCGCUUGUAGUCAAUGCCGGACCCAUUGCUAGUUGGUUCGAGCAACCUGGCCUAGGAACGCAGUUUGACGCUUACGAUUCCGUUAUCGAUCUCAUCGGCGGGGGCUACAUCAGGAGAAUGCGCAAAUCUGAAUACAGCCAAUCAAUGGAUUAUGCUGCGGACUAUCUGCCGGCACCCGAUUCCGAAUGA